UCAUCGGCAUAGACAUGUCUGGUGUUCAUUCAGCACCUGUGAACAUAAAUACUUUGUUUUGAUUGGCCAUCACAAACACUUAGACAUUGAUGAGCGCUGUAAGACCACUGAGGCAUCUCAGAACUGUUAUCUUUGAUAUUUAUCCUUGCAGCAACAAAGCAGAAUUAAUAUAAGGAAAACAUUACAUGGUCAUGCUGUAAGGUUUCUCACACUGGACUGAAUCAUGGUGGAGCCUCAGGAUUCUUUUCCUUAUGGUUGUUUAUGGGAAUACCUGUUUACUUUGGUAGGACUGUUAUUGUUCCUGCUGGAUAUAGCUCUGGACAUUUGGACUAUUGUGUCAUUCUAUCAGGAUGGGUCCUAUGUGUAUAUGGCAGUGAUGAUCUUUCUGCUGCUGGGCUCUUCAGUGUUGUUACAGGUGUUCAGCUGGCUCUGGUACUCUGAUUCACUGGAGAAGAUUGAGAGCAAGGUAGAGAAAUUUACAGCCUGGCAUUCAUUGAUCAAACCACUCCACUUCCUGCAGCUCGGAGUCUACCUCAGGUAUGCUGGAGUGAUAGAGAUCUCCACAAUGGAUUUUAUUCAUUACACUAAUAAUUUCAGAGAGGGUAUGGCCAUGUGCAUGAACCACGAUCUUCAGAUGCUUCGUCUAUUUGGGACAUUUUCUGAAAGUGCUCCACUAUUCACACUCAUGAUGUCUAGAAUCCUACAGAGAGGAGAGCUGGAGCUUAUUACAGGUUUAAAAAUCCUCACAUCAGCUGCUGCAAUUUCCAGUAGCAUUGCCUUGUACCACCGCAGCAUGCGUAUCUAUCUUCCCAAAAAACGCAAGAUGAGUUGGAUCUCCACGGGUGUUUACUUCCUGUGGAACUUGUUGCUGAUCAUUCCCCGUGUAACUGCUCUUGCACUCUUCUGCAGUGUAUUGCCAUGCUACGUCAUAGCUCACUUCCUGUCCCUGUGGAUGCUGCUGGUUUUAGCAGCCUGGAGCCAGAAAACAAGUUACAUGGAACAUUCUGGUUGGGAAUGGCUCUACAGAGCUUCUGUUGGACUCAUUUGGUACUUCUGCUGGUUUAAUGUAUCAACAGGAAGCAUAAAACUGAAGUUGAUACUCUAUUAUAGUUUCAUGGCUUUGGACACAACGGUGCUGCUGGGCUUAUGGUACAGGAAGGAGUUUGAGUAUGCAGGCUGCUGGAGAUCCUUAAAUCCACAUACUGUGAUCCCGACACUACUAGGAUUGUACGCCACUGGAAUACUAAUGAAAAUGAUAUACUACAGAUGGUUUCAUCCCAACGGUGAUAAAGAGAAAAUCACUGAACCCACUGAAAAAGUUAAGUUCAGAAGAGCUGCAACAUACGACAUGGACUCAGUCUCGUCCCUGGAAGAUAUAGCCGCAGCUCCUGUGCAGCCUCUCACUGGGGUCCUCAAGAGGAGCAGCACCAUGGCUGCUAAUUUCUACUUCUAGUUCUUGUUUGAACUUUUGGGUGUAAAUUUUUAUUUUUGCACAAAAAGCAUUUUAUAUGAUGUGAACAUGACAGAAAAAUAAAUCUCAUCCUAUUUGUCAGUAAAAGUAAAAUAAAAA